AUGGAUGCUCUUCCGCAAAAAAAUAUCCUGCAGGCUGCGGCUGUCGCAGAGCGACUGCAAGAAUUCACAACGGCGGGAUUCUGUUUUUCCCGGUGUGUCGAAGUGAUAAAAAGCCGACUGAAUAAUGCGGAGAAAACGUGCUUGUGGAACUGCGCACAGCGCUGGGAGGAAACCCGUCAUUUCAUCAACAUGAGAUCAAGGGAUCUGAUAACAAAGCCUCACGACGGUGACCUACGCCCAACAGAUUCCAAAACGUUAUGA